UGCACUAUGGAUGUGCAUGUGAGGCGCUCAUUAGUGAGUAGCAGAUCCUGUUACGGAGAAGCUUACAAUCAACUCCCUCUCUCGCUCUCAAUCUAUCCCUGUCCGGUUAUAGAGCCUCCUCGAUUUUUUGUGCUCAAAGCAACUUUGAUUUCGAGAAAUAUCUGGAUUUAAUGGUAACUAGAUCCGCGGAUGAGGUUCAAGCUUCUCAAUCUUGUUCAGGCAGUAACAGUUCAAAUGAGUUCUUCUAUGGUCAAUUAGUGCCAUGGAGGCUUUUGUUAAAACUUCAUCAUUUGGAAGUGUAAUUUUGUGAAUUCCACGUGUAAAUCGUAAUGAAUUGGCUAUGCAGAAGCGAAAUCCUUUUCAUAUUUUCAUCUAAUUUCUGGAUUAUCCAACAGCGAGUUUUAUGCUCGACUCAUUUGAUAAGUGGUUGUUUGGUUUGUUUUUAAUUCUGCUCAAGAUUCAUUUUAAACCGAGUUUAUCUCUGAAUUUUCAGUUUUCUUUCCUUUUAUUUAUAUCACAGAGAGCCAUUUUCUAAGCUAUGGAACUGCUCUCCUUCUGCCAAUCUGCGCCAUCCUGUCAUGUUGAUAAAUUGAAGUGGAGACUAGUUGAGAAAAGCUUGAACUUGAACGGGUCGAAGAUAUUUCUUGCUAGAAAAAUUCGACCUGGAUGUGUUGGAGUUGAUUCCAGAAGCGAUUCUUUCGGGUCGGAGCAUUUAAGUUGUUCCAAAAUUCAGAAUCUUGAUCAACGUCAGCAUGUUGACAAUUCCAGCAUCUUGAGAGAAAGCUAUAAUUGUUAUGUGGUGGAUGGGAGAGAGGGUAUAAGAAAUGUUUCAGAAAGAGAGGAAGUGAUAACAAAGGUUUCAAUUCCGGGUCUGCAGGACGAAUCCAAUGGGGACCAUGGUUCUCCUAUUAGGAGUUGCUUCUGGGAAUGGAAGCCAAAACUUAGAGUACAUUAUGAAAAGUCAGGGUGUGAAAAUGUUAAUUCUCCACCGAUACUUUUUCUUCCUGGUUUUGGCGUGGGAUCCUUCCACUAUGAGAAGCAAUUGAAGGAUCUGGGCCGUGACUUUAGAGUAUGGGCUAUUGAUUUUCUAGGACAAGGCUUGUCAUUACCAUCUGAAGAUCCUGCUCCUCUGUUUAAAGAAGGUGUUUCAGAAGAAGAGGAUCAGAUCUGGGGUUUUGGAAAAGAAACUGAACCAUGGGCAGAUAAGCUGGUGUAUUCAAUUGAUCUAUGGCGUGAUCAGGUUCAACAUUUUGUGGAACAGGUUAUUGGUGAACCAGUUUAUGUUGUGGGAAACUCUCUAGGAGGAUUUGUGGCACUCUAUUUUGCAGCAUGUAAUCCUCAGCUAGUGAAGGGUGUUACACUGCUAAAUGCAACACCAUUUUGGGGAUUUCUUCCUAAUCCUAUUAGAUCUCCAAGACUAGCCAGGAUUUUCCCAUGGGCAGGGACAUUUCCACUGCCAACAAAUGCCAGAAAGCUCACAGAAUUGGUAUGGCAAAAGAUAAGUGACCCCAGAAAUAUAGGCAACUUGCUUAAGCAAGUUUAUGCUGAUCACUCAACAAAAGUUGACAAGGUUUUCUCUCGCAUACUUGAAGUAACACAACAUCCAGCAGCAGCUGCAUCAUUUGCAUCAAUCAUGUGUGCUCCUAAAGGACAACUUUCCUUCCGUGAAUCUUUAUCUAGAUGCCAAGAGAACAAUGUCCCAAUCUGUCUCAUGUAUGGCAAAGAAGAUCCUUGGGUAAAGCCUGUGUGGGGGCGCCAGGUGAAACGGCAACUGCCUGAAGCUCCAUAUUAUGAGAUUAGCCCAGCAGGUCAUUGCCCUCAUGACGAGGUUCCUGAGGUUGUGAAUUAUUUACUACGUGGAUGGAUCAGAAACCUCGACUCACAGGGUUCUAUUGCAUUGCCUCUUCUGGAAGAUCCUGAAUCUGUUGAAUAUGGAGUCUCCGGGGAUUUAGAGUUUGUCAGAGAUGGAUCAAGAAAAUCAGUGAGGGUGCGUCUCUUUGGAUCGAGAUUCUCUUUCUGGAACCAAAUAAACACUUACAUUAAAUCCCGUGCUAGAGAUAAAGAAACUAAUCCUCGAUAACAAAAGUUCACCUUCUUUUACACAUGAUGUAAAUCUGAUGUGUAUCAUAUAUUUUGAUUCGUUAAUGUGGUAAAGAAAUUCAGUUCCACAUCAAUGUAUACAUAAAUGUGUCAGUUCAAAAGUGUGGAGAAAAGAAGUGCAAUUACCAUAGGAAUUUCUGUCUUCUUGUAUGUAAUUUUGUAGGUGGGUGAACAAGACUUGAAUGAAGAUGAUUGCAGAGUAGUGGCAGUGAUUGUCUUCUAAGCAGACAGGCAACGAAAUGUUUCAUGGAGGAAUAUGAAAAGAAUUGAAACAAAAAAAAAAGGAAAUAAACCAAUGAAUUGAAAUCUUUAUUUACUAAGUUC